CACGAUGUUUCACAAACCGCCGCUACUUAUCUUAGACGAGCCCACAGUUGGUGUCGAUUCUGUGCUUCGCUGUCGUAUUUGGGAAUAUUUAGAAGAUAUGUGCAAAAAUCAUGGGACAACAGUUGUGAUAACGACACACUAUCUGGAGGAAGCAAACACGGCAUCCAAUGUUGCAUACAUACAGUCGGGCUCACUAUUAGUGCAGUCAAACCCUAGAGAUCUGCUAACAAAAUACGAGUGCCGGACACUGGAGGAGGCGUUUCUUCAGAUAUCCAUCACUAGAAAACACGAGACAAGAGUGGAGUCAUGCGAAACACCCAAACCUCAAGCCAUUGAACAGACGGCCAAAAAUAGCCUAAAUCUAUGUUCGGAUCGGAAAAAAUUGAUUGAUUUAAAACACAUUAGAGCUCUUCUCUGGAGAAGCCAAAUACGAAUCUCUCGGAACCCCAUAAUAUUGGUUAUGCUGUUGUUAUUACCCGUAAUACAGAUCACAUUGUUCUGUGUGUGCACUGGAGGUCGUCUGAAUGCCAUUCCCAUUGCUAUACACGAACCCGACUUUGAUAAUCACUUAUCGCAUCAGUUCUUAGAGCAUAUCGAUAGGCAAAUGAUUCGCGAA